AUGGAGUAAUAAUCACACAUCAACAAUUCCUUCAUCAUUUUUCUAAUAACGGUGUUUCAAUUCAACAUUCUUUAGAAUUAGGAAAUGUCCUAAUCUGUUUUGUCACAGAUUUGUCAUGUGUAAGCACUUCGGUUUUAUUAGGAUAAGAAUAGUGAUAUCACAGCUUUUAAAUGAUGGUUAAGCAGGCUACCGUGUGUCUCUUUUUUUCUUGUUCUUCAAUAGGGAUAAUUUAAGGCUAAGAUUGGCGUAUAUUUAGGUUUAAUGUAACAUGUCACUUUUAGUCACCAAGCUCCAGUUACGUUACUAAUAUUUCCUCGUGAGAACAUCGCGGAGCUCUCUUCGCUGCCAUUUUUUUCAUUGUUGCACUUCUAACGCUGAUGCUAUUGAGGAAGUGGUGACAGUUACUAGCCGCAAGCCAACAACUACUUCAAGAGCCGAGAGCGGAGGUCCACAAGUAGCGUACUAUGGAUGCCAUCGGUGUAUUGCACACGAAUCCGCUGGAUGAUUACGAAUUGAUACAUCGUAUCGGGAGCGGUACCUACGGGGAUGUUUUUAAGGCACGUGACAUCAGGACAUCGGUCAUUGCAGCCAUCAAAGUGGUCAAACUGGAUCCUGGGGAUGACAUUUUGAGCAUCCAGCAGGAGAUCACCAUGAUGAGGGGGUGCACUCACAAAAACAUCGUGGCCUAUUUCGGCAGCUACCUCAGAAACAACAAGCUGUGGAUCUGCAUGGAGUUCUGUGGCGGAGGUUCACUGCAAGACAUCUACCAUGUUACUGGCCCCCUGAAAGAGAGGCAGAUAGCCUAUGUGUGCAGGGAGACACUUCAGGGACUACAUCAUCUGCAUAAUACGGGGAAAAUGCACAGGGAUAUAAAAGGGGCGAACAUUCUUCUGACGGAGCGAGGGGAUGUCAAACUAGCUGAUUUCGGCGUGGCGGCAGAGAUAAACGCGUCGGUUGCCAAGAGGAACUCUUUCAUUGGCACCCCGUACUGGAUGGCCCCGGAGGUGGCAGCUGUGGAGAGGAAAGGUGGUUAUAACCAGCUGUGUGACAUCUGGGCUGUGGGCAUCACAGCCAUAGAGCUAGCAGAGCUGCAGCCACCAAUGUUUGAUCUGCACCCAAUGAGGGCCCUGAUGCUUAUGUCUAAAAGCAGCUUCCAGCCACCCAAGCUUAAGGAGAAGACCAAAUGGUCCACAGAAUUCCACAAUUUCAUCAAGAUGGCACUCACUAAGAGUUCGCGGAAGAGGCCGACGGCUGAGAAACUGCUCCAGCAUGCUUUUGUUACCCAGCUGUUGACUCGCAACCUGGUCAUCGAAUUGCUAGACACUGCCAACAACCCAGACCUACAGCACUCGCAGACUAUGGACGACUGUGAUCUUGAGACGUGCAGUGCUUUUCCUGAUAAGAUUACAUCUUUAGGGAAACACCUGCCUGUCCACAGAACCCUUUCUGAGGAGCAGUUUGAUAACGUGAAGUUUGGACCACCCAUGCGGAAAGAGACGGACCCGUGUCCUGAUUCGAUGGGAUCAUAUGAUGACUGGAGCGCUAUUGGAGAAGAGAAGAGCUCACCAAGUCUACUGGAGUGUGUAGAGGAAGCAUUGCUCGAGAGGAGCUUAACAAUGAAGAGAGUACCCUCAGCUGAGCACUCAUCAAAUGAAGAAGACAAAUAUAGCACAGUAAAGAGGGCGGUGACACCAUCACAGCCAGCCAAUCAGGAUAAAAAAGCUUCCACUCCAGAUUCCUCCCCUCUCAUUGGCUCUACCCCACACACAGACACUAAACCCACCUGCCUUAACGAAGCGGCAUUGCUGGUUGCCUCAACACUCCAUGAUCUCCCCAUCCUCACAAACUCCGCUCUCUUCACUGACUCUUCCUUCUUUAACUAUUCUACCAGCCGGAGCUCCUUCUGUAUGACUCCAACUGAUGAUUUGAUACAUCAAGGCUCUGUUGCCAUUGAGCCAGGAGGAAGCAGGGGUCACUCUCCAAACCGACAGCCUCUCUCACCUGAAUGGAGCACACUCAGAAGAAAAACCGAAGACUCUAGAGGUGUUCAUGGACUGCCACCUACACCUCAAGUACACAUGGGGGCGUGUUUCUCCAAGGUCUUUAAUGGGUGUCCCUUGAAGAUUCAUUGUGCUGUUACAUGGGUACUACCCAAGACUAGAGACCAGCACCUGAUCCUGGGUGCCGAGGAGGGCAUCUACACUCUCAACCUCAAUGAACUCCACGAAGACACUAUAGAGAAGUUGCUCCCACAGAGGUGCAGCUGGUUGUAUGUCAUGAACAACGUACUGAUGUCUGUCUCAGCCUCCGCAGGGAAGUCUUCCCAGCUGACCUCGCAUAGCCUUCCCGCACUGUUUGAGCACCGUGCUAACCUGCAACGUUGCCAGGGUCCCCUGUCAAUCAACGCACACCGCCUGAGCACCCGAAUCAACGCAAGGAAGUACGGCAUGUCUGUGAAGAUCCCGGACACCAAGGGAUGUAGACGGUGUGGCGUAGUAAGGAACCCCUAUACGGACAGUGUGUUUCUGUGCGCAGCUGUGCCAAGUGGCCUGGUGCUUUUAAUGUGGUAUGAGCCACUACAGAAGUUCAUGCAGCUCAAGCACGUGCCUCUAAGCCUGCCUGAAUCUCUGCCCAUCUUUGAGCUGUUGGUGCAGGAGUUGGAGGAGCUUCCACAGGUCUGUGUGGGAGUGCACCGUGACCGUCGUAGCUCAGAUGAGGCCACCGAACAGCUGCACUUCAACAUCAUCCAUCUCGAUGACACACCCCACGUACAGCCAGAUGGUGAAUUCCUGGAUGUGAAACAAGUCACUCAGCUGGAUAGAGACACUGUCCUCAUAGCUCUGAGUAACACAGUGAAAGCAGUGAAUCUGCAUGGGGUCCCCAGCAAAAGUAUGGUACCAGAACUAACCUUCGACUUCUCCAUUGACACAAUGGUCUUAACAGGUUGGAUGUCCACUGAAAGAGCUGUCUCCCUGCAGUGUGUCUGCAGGACAGUGUUCUUGCUUUUUGGAAACAUGGACUCAGGGGCCGGAGCAUACAAAGCAACGAGGUCACCCAGGAGAUCACAGACGAGAGCCGUGUUUUCCAUGUUUUGGGGACAAACAGGGAUAUCAUCUUGCAGAGCACGCCCACUGAUGACCCGUCUGCCAUGAGCAACCUGUACAUCCUCACAGGCCAUGAGAACAGCUACUAACGAGAGCUGACAAGGAUGGAAGAUGCCCUGCUGUCACGGCUGGGGGUGGGGGGACCUCUUACCUCCUCCAGUGGCUGAGAGAGAGACCUCUAACCCAUGGGAAGGUGAUGGAGGAGGCACCAGCAGCCCAACAGAGACAGGUGGUGGAGGGAAGCUCGCACAGUGCCACCAGAGCCUCCAACUGAGCGCUACGGUGUGCUACGUCGGGGGCCGAGGAGAGGCAGACCUGCUACAUCUGAAGAUGACAAAAGGCCUUUUUAACAGACACGGGGUUGGUUAUUAGGGAGGCAUUAAGGAAGACAGGAACAUCAGGUGGCUGACAGCUGUUGUCUUCAAGGAUGGACAGGUUUGUGUAGCCAAUAGUAGUGUUUGUUAUGGUCUGCAGUUUGCUGACAUUUGGACUGACAUUGUACUGCUAUUUGGGGCUGUCAUGACUUAUGUAGCAUAAGCUGUAUGUUUUGUGUGCAACUGAGAUGGAGCUGACUCUGAUAAGAGAAGCAGAAUUGUUCAUUACUCAGUGAGACUAACAAGGUAAUUGGCCAUUGCACUCUGAAACCCAAAUAUGUGAUCAUGUAAAUAGUCAGAAUCAGAAGAGUAGAUUAAAAUACAUAUACAGCCUUCUAAAGGAACCUUAUUAAGUAUAAUGGCAGUACCUCCACUCAAAAUAAGACUUUGUUAGACUACUGUAAAGAUAAAUGGAAAUAAAAUAUGAGUCUUUCAGAAAUUCUAAUAAACGUGAUAAAACCGA